AUGUAUAAGGCACCAGCCGAGGUGCUACCGUUUGAACUUUGCUACAUUAUUGGAGCAAGAUGUUCACUGACCAAGGUGUCAACAAUCUUCACUGAGGGCAAUGGUAGAGCAGCUGGUUGGCUAGCAUGGUAUCGUCUCCUCGGGGAUGGUGGGCUGUUUUACGACCCUAUGGCCCUGCGCAAUUGGAGGGAAGUCGGAGCUCGUCGGGGUCCGUGA